AUGUCAGGCGGAAUUGGAAAAGUCAAUGGCACAUUUGGACUUGGCGGUGGAAAUCCCAAUAGAAUCGGUGAUGCUGGAGAUACAAAUGGUUGCGGUUCGGGUGGUUCAGGAUAUUUUGGAGGCGGUUCAUCGAAUAAUGAUUCGGAUUAUGGCGGUGGAGGAGGGAGUAGCUUCAUCAGCGGACAUCCAGGAUGUGUAGCUAUUACUCAGGAUUCUACAAUAGAUUCUAUAUCAUUUCGCGAAGGUGAUUAUAUUUCGAUACAUUAUUCUGGGUUGAAAUUUGAAGAAACGAUGAUGAUUGAUGGAAAAAAUCCAAUGCUUGCCCCGAAUGGUACUCUUGAAACAGGUCAUAUCGGAAAUGGAUUCAUUCGUAUAACACAAUUUUCAUCUAUUUAUAAUUCAUGUGUUUUGAAUUUAUAUCAUUCAUUUCUUCAUUCAUUUAUUCUUCAAUUUUAUAUUUUCCUCAUAUCUAGUGAAUGA